AUGUCCUCUGCGCCUUCGAGUGGGUCAGCCCUGACCAGGCAGUCCUCCCGCAGCAACGACCUCCCCUCCUUGUGCCCCUCCUCCGCCGCCACCUCGCAUCGUCCUUUCUCCUUCAUCAGAUCUGCUUCUUUUAACAAGCCGCGUCCUCUCACGACCUCGCCGAUUCCGGAAAUCGAGAAGGAGCCGAUUUUCGACGAGAUCCGCGAUUGCGACGAGGCCCCCUACCCGCAGAACAACAUCAAGCCCCUCUCGGCCGCUGGACGCUCGCGGUCCGAGGGCAACACCAAAAAGUCGCUUGCCAACAGUCAGUCGAAUGGCAAUAGCAUAUCCCUGCCCCAUAGGCACAAAUGGCUGAAUAAGCUGGAUCCUCGCUGCGACACCAAGUUGCUCGAGGAGCAGAGAAAGAAGGUUGAACGCGAGGAGCGAGAGAGGAGGAAGAGGAAGGAGGAAGAGGGCAUGCUCGGAGAUCUGAUGCCCAAAUGGGUGGAAUGA